AUGAAACAUAUCUCUUUGGAAACGCUUGUCCACCAGCAGCAGCAGCAGCAGCAGCAGCAGCAGCAGCAGCAGCAGCAGCAGCAGCAGCAGCAGCAGCAGCAGCCAGCUGGUCCAGUGGUCAGUCACCAGAAACUCAGCCGUCUUCUAUUCCAGCAUAACCCUCACUACAAGCAGCAGCAACAACAACAACAACAUCAACAGCAGCAGCAGCAGCCGCAGCCGCAGCCCAAAAGGGAAACGCUUGUACAGCAGCAGCAGCAGCAGCAGCAGCAGCAGCAGCAGCAGCAGCAGCAGCCAGCUGGUCCAGUGGUCAGUUACCAGAAACUCAGCCGUCUUCUAUUCCAGCAUAACCCUCACCACAAGCAGCAGCAACAACAACAACAACAACAUCAACAGCAGCAGCAGCGGCAACACCCCAGGGGCCCAAUGGCCCUGGGGAGACGAUCCCGGCGCCGCGGUGGUUAUUCGCAGCCUCAUGCAGGAGCAGCAGCAGCAGCAGCAGCAGCAGCAGCAAGAGCAGCAUCAUCAGCAUCAGCAACAACUGCAGCAGCAAGUACUGUAGGGAGAGCUGCUGCUACACCCCAGGGGCCCAAUGGCCCUGGGGAGACGAUCCCGGCGCCGCGGUGGUUAUUCGCAGCCUCAUGCAGCAGCAGCAGCAGCAGCAGCAGCAGCAAGAGCAGCAUCAUCAGCAUCAGCAACAACUGCAGCAGCAAGUACUCGGGCACCGCCACAACCGGUCCGUCUAGCAGCCACCAGCGACAGCAGCAGCAUUCUUACACUGCUGCUGCUCCUAUCCCUGCUGCUGCUGCUGUUGCACAAGUAACAGAAGCAGUGAACUCUACAGCUGAAGCAGCAGCAGCAACACCAGCAGCAGCAGCAGAUGCAAAAGCAGCAGCAGCAGCUGCAGCAGCAGCUGCUGCUGCUGCAACGGCGGCAGCAGCAACAGCACCUUCAACUCUCACCACCGCCACAGCAGCAGCAGCAGCAGCAGCAGCAGCAGCAGCAGAGGCUCCCACUCUCACAGCAGCAGCAGCGGCUCCUGCAGCAGCAGCAGCAACAGCACAGUACGAAACUGCUGCAGCAGCAGUACCAACAACAACAGCAGCAGCAGCAACAGCAGCAGCAGCAGCAGCAGCAGCAGCAGCAGCAGUGCAUGCAUCUUCUGCUUCUCUCUCUUCUUCUUUGCCCCCCCCCCAAGGCAGCUCAGAUCUCCCUUCGUCUCCGCUGCAGCAAGCAGCAGCAACAACCAUCUCCCGCAGCAGCAGCAGCAGCAGCAGCAGCAGCAGUAGCAGCAGCAGCAGCAGCAGGGGCGACAGCAACAGCCUAGUCCUAGUAACCCGUCGGAGCGUCCGCAGCAGCAGCAGCAGCAGCAGCAGCAGCAGCACUCCGCCCCCUCCCCCGGGACACCUCGUGACAGCUGCUGCUGCUGCUGUUGCACAAGUAACAGAAGCAGUGAACUCUACAGCUGAACCAGCAGCAGCAACACCAGCAGCAGCAGCAGAUGCAACAGCAGCAGCAGCAGCAGCAGCUGCUGCUGCUGCUGCAGCAACGGCAGCAGCAGCAACAGAACCUUCAACUCUCACCACCGCCACAGCAGCAGCAGCAGCAGCAGCAGAGGCUCCCACUCUCACCGCAGCAGCAGCGGCUCCUGCAGCAGCAGCAGCAACAGCACAGUACGAAACUGCUGCAGCAGCAGUAGCAACAACAACAGCAACAGCAGCAACAGCAGCAGCAGCAGCAGCAGUGCAUGCACCUUCUGCUUCUCUCUCUUCUUCUUUGCCCCCCCCCCAAGGCAGCUCAGAUAUCCUUUCGUCUCCGCUGCAGCAAGCAGCAGCAACAACCAUCUCCCGCAGCAGCAGCAGCAGCAUCAGCAGCAGCAGCAGUAGCAGCAGCAGCAGCAGCAGCAGCAGCAGCAGCAGCAGCAGGGGCGACAGCAACAGCCUAGUCUUAGUAACCCGUCGGAGCGUCCGCAGCAGCAGCAGCAGCAGCACCCCGCCCCCUCCCCCUCCCAACCCGAGCAACCGCAGCAACCGCAGCAACGGCAGCAACCCCAGCAGCAGCAGCAGCAGCAGCAGCAGCAGCAGCAGCAGCAGCAGCAGGAGCAUGCUGUGUUGCAUGCAGCCAUACUUGCUGCUGUUGCACGCAUGCAGCAGCAGCAGCAGCAGCAGCAGCAGCAGCAGCAGCAGCAGAAGCGGCAGCAGGGGGGAGAGGGGAGAGAGAGAGAAACGGAGAAAGAGAGAGAGCGAGAUGAGUUGCUGCUGCAGCAUCGACUGUCUCCUUUCAGCAGCACAGCAGCAACAGCAACAGCAGCAGCAGCAGCAGCAGCAGCAGCAGCAGGAGCAGCAGCAGGAGCAGCAGCAGGAGAAAGAUAUAUAA